GGUGUUACACGAUUACAGCCUCGAGUCGAAAUUAGUUCUCUAGACUAAAUUUCAUUUUCAGUUAUGGAAGGCAGACGGGGACGCGGUGGGCAUUGGAAAAGAGGAGGUGGAGGUGGAGGUGGAGGUGAUGCUGAGACCAGCGGUUCAGGAGAGCACAGGGGUCGCGGAAGAGGAGGACCCCACCAUCGUGGAAGAGGCAAACGAGAUCAUCGUAGAGGAAGAGGGCGCGAGUUUGGACCUCCUGCAGACUUUAGAGACUUUCGACGAAAUCAAGAUGACAAUGAGAACAAAGAAAACUUUGAGCAAGAGGAAGAGGACAAGACCUUCUCUAGACGAAAGCUUGCAUCCAACUGGGACCGUUAUAAGGAAUCUGAGAAAGAAGAAAUUAAUGAAGAUGUUCCUGCGCAGAGAGGCACAGACUAUCAUGUCCUCCUCACUUCAGCUGGGGACUCGUUCACACAGUUCAGGUUCUCUGAUGAGAAGGACUGGGAGAUGGACUCACUGGCAAAAAAUCAGAUUCCAGCUCUGUUUAUAGACCUGCCAGCUUUAACUCAGUCACUUCAAGAGCUUCCACUGCACACGAGACUGAACCUGGAGGCUGAGCUUGUGCAGGUGACGACUCCUGUUGAACUGCCGUCCGUGACAGUGCCACGGAGAACUGACUCGACUCUAACAGCUGGACUGAAAGCUUCUCCAGCAGGCCGAGAGCCAGGCCUGGACGUUUCCUGCAGCAUGAAGCCUGUUUCAGUCACCACACCGUCUAUCAGUGUCACCACAGCCGUCCCUCCAGCCACAGAUGAUGCUGACCAGGAGCUCGACCUUCUCCUCAACUUACAGAAUCCCAUCACAGAAAUGACUUCAGCUGAAUCCCACGCUUCAACAGACGAUGUGCCAAACACCCCAGUACAAGGAUCGGAGGAAGAAGAGAGAAAAGAUCAAAUAGCUGACAUGAAAGAGACAAAGCCAGAAGAGGAAAGUGAAGCUAAACCUACUCAGCAGGAAGUGACAGAAGACGAUCUGGAGGACUGGCUGGACAGCAUGAUCUCCUGAACCUGAUCCCAGAGAAGCUGACUGACACUGCUUGCUAAUGCUGACAUAGCGAGACUUCUGUCUGGACGUGAACAUCAUACAGCACUUCAUUAAGUCUUAUAAUAGCCAAGACUAAUUCAGGCAUGUGGAACAUAAAAUGCUUCAUCAAUAUAUUACUCAUAAAACUGAUGUAAUGCUGUGUAACAGUUUCACACCCAUCAUAUUCUCACUCAUCAUUUGACUCCCAAUUAAAACCAACAAUGACCAACUGGGA